GGUGGGUGGGCACAAAACCAAAGUCAGUGGAUAAAAAGAGUUUGUACAGCCUGGAUCCACACUGACAGCAGAUCAGGAUCAAGUUGGAGGAUGAGGAGGACUCAUCUGCUGCUGCUGGCCUCUCUGGCCUUUGCCUCAUUGACUUCUCUUGCUGAUGGAGCUCUCAAAGUGUUGUCUGCCCCCAACUUACUGCGAGUUGGAACAGCAGAAAACGUCUUCGUAGAAUGUCAAGGCUGCAGUGGAGCUGCAAUUAACGUCGAGAUCAAAGUGAUGAACCACCCGACCAAAAGCCAAGAACUGGCCAAGACAUCUGUGACCCUUACCAGUAACAAUGACUUCCAGGGGCUUGGAAAAAUAACUAUCCCAGCUGGAGGCUUUGAUAGAGAUCCCACAGUGAAACAGUAUGUUUACCUGCAAGCAAAGUUCCCUGACCGAGAGCUGGAGAAAGUGGUCCUGGUGUCUUUCCAGUCUGGGUACAUUUUCAUACAGACUGAUAAGACCCUCUACACUCCCAACAGCAAAGUUUAUUACAGGAUGUUUGCUUUGACGCCACAAAUGGAGCCUGUGGAAAAAAAUGCACAAACCCAAACCGACACGUCUAUUGCCAUCGAGAUUGUGACCCCUGGUAACAUCAUUAUACCACUUGAUCCAAUCUCUUUAAAUAAUGGCAUGCACUCUGGAGAUUACCAACUUGGGGAAAUUGUUAGUCCUGGACAGUGGAAAGUGGUAGCAAAGUUCCAAAGCAACCCACRGCAGAGCUUUACUGCAGAAUUUGAGGUCAAAGAAUAUGUGCUUCCCAGUUUUGAGGUUAAGCUGUUGGCUGUGACACCUUUCUUCUACGUGGACAGUGUGGACUUUACCGUCAACAUCAAAGCUACGUAUGUAAAAACAAAUCAUCCUCAGCUUUCAGAACAAAGACAAGCAUCAGCCGAUAUGACAGCUCUGCCUUAUGUAUCCACCAGCAACAGCUUCAUUCACAUAGGUGUGGAUACAGCUGAAGUGAAAGUAGGAGAUAACCUGAAAAUUAACCUCAUCCUUAAUAAGCAGCCAACUGAGACAAAGGACAUCACAUACCUGAUCACAAGCAGAGGCCAACUGGUGAAGUCUGAGCGUUACCAAACAAGAGGCCAAACACUUAUUUCCCUCAUACUUCCUAUCACCAAAGAGAUGUUACCAUCAUUCCGCAUCAUAGCCUACUACCAUCCGACUGACAAUGAAGUGGUGUCAGACUCAGUUUGGGUGGAUGUAAAAGACUCCUGCAUGGGAUCGUUAACUUUGGAAUCAGCAAGACCAGUUCCCUCUUAUGAACCUCGCAAGAUGUACAAUCUGAAAGUCACAGGAGAUCCAGGUGCCACAGUGGGACUGGUUGCAGUGGACAAAGGAGUUUAUGURUUAAAUAAUAAGCACCGUCUCACCCAGAAAAAAGUGUGGGACAUCGUGGAGCAGUAUGACACUGGCUGCACACCUGGUGGAGGAAGCACCGGAUUAAAUGUGUUUUUUGAUGCUGGGCUGCUGUUUGAGUCCAGCACUGCUUCAGGAACUCCCUACAGACAAGAGGUGAAAUGUAAACCAACAUCCAGACGGAGGAGGGCCACAACUAUAUUGGAAGUCAGAACCACCCUGUUGAGUCAAUAUCAAGGCAAUGAACAGCAGACUAAGUGUUGUUUGGAUGGCAUGAAGGAAAUCCCACUGUCAUACACGUGUGAUAGGAGAGCAGAAUACAUUUUGGAUGGUCAGGCCUGUGUUGAUGCCUUCCUGAAGUGCUGCAAUGAAAUGGAAAGCCAGACAGAUGAGAUGAGAGAAUACAAUCUUAAAUUAGCUCGAAGUGAGGAUGAUUACAGUUUUAUGGACAGCGAUGAAAUAGUUUCUCGUACCAACUUUCCUGAAAGUUGGCUGUGGUCAGACAUCAUUCUUCCAGCUUGUCAACAACCCAACUGUGAGUCCACAACGUUCAUGAAAGCUGUUCUGUUGCCAGGCUCAAUCACAACCUGGCAGUUCACUGGCAUCAGCCUGUCAAAAACUCUUGGAAUCUGUGUUGGCAAACCAUUAGAAGUUAUCGUCCGUAAGGAAUUCUUCAUUGAUCUUCGGCUGCCUUAUUCUGCUGUCCGAGGGGUGCAGCUAGAAAUCAAAGUAAUCCUUCACAACUACAGCCCAGAUCCCAUCACUGUUCUUGUGUUUUUGAUGGAGGAAGAGAAUGUUUGCAGUGCAGCCUCCAAACGCAGAAAGUACAAAGUGGAGGUCAAUGUUGGAGCUCAUACCACUCGAUCAGUGCCCUUCGUCAUUAUUCCCAUGAAGAAAGGUGAACUCAGCAUUGAGGUCAAAGCAGCUGUUAAGGACUCAUCUCUUAAUGAUGGUGUUAAGAAGACACUUAGAGUGGUGCCUGAAGGUGUACUGGUUCAGUCUGAAAAGAUUGUAYCUGUAGAUCCAACUACAAAAGGCCACAAUGGUAAACAAGAAGAAAUUAUAAACAGCAAYAUUCCCAGGACUGAUUUGGUUCCAAAUUCACCAACCAGCACACAGGUGUCUGUGACAGGAAGAGAACAAGUUUCUGGGUUGGUGGAAAAUGCYAUCARUGGAAAAUCAAUGGGUUCACUGAUUAGAGCACCUGGAGGUUGUGGAGAGCAGAACAUGAUCCAUAUGACCCUGCCUGUCAUUGCAACCAGAUAUUUAGACAAAACCAACCAGUGGGAAGCUGUAGGCUUCCAGAAACGUGCAGAAGCCAUCCAGCACAUAAAAAMUGGUUACCAACAUCAGUUGCAGUAUCUUAAACCUGAUGGGUCUUUUGCUGUGUGGGCUAAUCAUCCGAGUAGCAGCUGGCUGACAUCGUAUGUUACCAAAGUGUUUGCUAUUGCAAACAGCUUGGUGGCAAUACAAAGUAGUCAUAUCUGUGGUGCUGUGAAGUAUUUGAUCCUCAAUGCUCAGCAGCCUGAUGGCAUGUUUAGAGAAGUUGGAAGUGUAUACCACGGAGAAAUGAUUGGUAAUGUGCAUGGCAAAGAUUCAGAUGCCUCCAUGACGGCCUUUAGCCUCAUUGCCAUGCAGGAAUCACGUACAAUAUGUGCUGGAUCUGUUAGC